GCGUGACGUCAUCCGUCUUUGUCCGGCAGCUGCAGCGCCAGCUAGAAACGAAUCCCGAAUAACGCACGAUGGGAUCUCAGCGCUAGUUCAGACAGCGAUUCCGGGCAGACUCGCCAGUGUGUGCGAAGAUGUGCGAUCUGAGCUCAGCGCUCAUUAAAGAGGGCUGGUACCUUACAGAUGAAGGAAUCGCGGAGUGUAAAAGUUCAUCAGAGAAGGAAAAAACAUCACUGACUGACAUCAUCCAAGUAGCACUAAACAGUGAUCUGAGACCCAUAGGAAAGAGCUUUCUGCCGACGGACAUCAACAGUGGACGAAUAGAAAAGUUGGAGGGCCCAUGUGUCCUUCAGGUGCAGAAGAUUCGUAAUGUCGCCGCUUCUAAAGAUCACGAGGAGUCGCAGGCGGCGCCCAGAAUGCUGCGUCUGCAGAUGACGGACGGACAGACAUCGUGCACCGGCCUUGAGUUCAAACAUCUGUCCAAAAUCAGUCUGAACACUCCUCCUGGAACCAAAGUGAAGCUCCUGGGGGCCGUUCAGGUUAAAAACGGCAUCCUGCUAUUGGACGAUUCCAAGAUCACGGUUCUCGGAGGUGAAGUGGAUCACAUGAUCGAGAAGUGGGAGUUGCAGAGGAGCCUCGCCAAACACAGCCGAAGAAACAUUGGCGCAGAAGGUGGACCUCCUCCAUUCGUUCCCUUUGGACAGAAAUGUGCUCAUAAGGAGCAGGUGGACAGCAGAGCUCUGGACCAGAGGAAGACCCUGCAGAGCACCAACGCUGUCAAAUCUGCUGACGACAACGAUGAGUUUGAGAAACAAAGAAUCGCUGCUAUCGCAGAGGUCGCCAGGAGUAAAGAGACGCGUACGUUCGGCGGUGGGGGCAAUGCAGGCGGAAACCUCGCCAAUCCAGGAUCCACCUACAAGAACCGAGACACCUAUCAAAGAAGACGAGAAGAGAGAGAAAAGCCAUGGAUGGAGAACAAGUCAGAAGGAGUUUACAGAGAUUUGGUUGAUGAGCGCGCUUUGAGGGACAUCAUGGAGAUGGGCUUUCACCGAGAGGAGGCCAGACAGGCCUUGCUGGAUAACAACAAUAACCUGGAGGUGGCCCUCAACUUCCUGCUCACCGGAACAAACCAGCCCAAAGCGGCCCAAACGGAGCAGAGCCGCCCACCACCUCGAGGAAAGGGUCGUGGAAGAGGACGCUCCAGACAAGAUGAGGAUGAAGAAGCAGGAGGAAGACCAUCUGGGCCCAGCACACUGUUUGACUUCCUGGAGUCAAAAAUGGGGACAUUGUCCAUUGACGAGUCAAAGAACCAGCCUUCACUACAAGAGCACCAAUAUAAGAUGACUUUCCCCAGCACUGAUCAAAUGUUCAGAGAUGCCGCCCAGUCCAAACACCCUCCCCGAAACGAGGGACGCUCGCAGAGAAACGACAGGCCACCACGUUUCCAGAAGGAUGGAGACUUUCCUAAACCCAGCACGGCCUCUUUCAGUGUCUCCCAGCCGCAGAAAUGGAGGGACGGAGAGAGAACGGGAAGAGGAGGAUCAGACCGAUGGAAGAAUGAUGCUCAAGAUGCUAGAAAUGCGUACACCUCUAUGGGGAAGCCCAGGGAACAGCAGGGUCUCUCUGGAAAGGAACAUAACGGGUCGAAAAGCUUUCAGCAGGAACCACAUAACGGCGGAUGUAAAGAGCAGGAUGGGACAGGACUGGCUUCUUUUAGGAAAAACCAAUCAAACGGACCCGCGGCACCCAAAUCCUCAAAUCCUGCUGCGUCAGGCUCGGAUCCUAAAGCUAGAAACGAACCCAACAACAGAAGGAAAGGCAAGCCAGAAAGACCCAAAUCAGGCUACUUUGAGCGUUCGCAAGAUGCAACGAAAAAAGACUUUUCGCAGGAUGCCGGAUCCGGUCAGUGCAUCAAAGUGGGCGGGGUUUCAAACGCGCAGCUCCCUAAUGGUGAUUUAGAACACAGACGGACCGGUCCAAUCAAGCCGCAGUCUUCAGCCCCGCCUCAGAAACAAACCAACACGCAUAACUCCGCCCCCAAGAAACGAUCUGGACCAAUCAAAGGUCAGAGAGAGCCGACGGACACAAAUAAUCACAUAAUCUGGAGAGCUGGUGACCAGUGUCUAGCGCUCUACUGGGAAGACAAUAAGUUUUAUCGGGCGAGAAUCGACGCCAUCCACCCGUCGGGCUCCACGGCUGUGGUUGUGUUCAGCGACUACGGCAACUGCGAAGAAGUUCUGCUUCACAAUAUCAAACCUCUGCACAUGGACGUGUGGGAUGACGAAGACAUUUACUAUGAGAAUUCCCUUGAAUUUCGAAGAGGAGGAGACGGACAACCUCGCCGCUCUCGACCGACACAACAAUAUUACCAACCACCACGUGCAAGAGACUGACACACGUUCACACACAGUCACAAAUCCACACUCACAACCUUUCCCUAGCAAGGAAACUCCUUUGAUUUACUCAUUACUCCGAGAGAAAAAAAACAACAAAAAAAAAACAAUUAGUACACACUUAGGUCAGGACUAAAUCAGGUUUACAGCUGUUACUCUUCUGCACUUCUAGCAUUGUGUAGUUUCUGUAGAACAAUAUAAAUGCAACAUGAUGUUCUCUGCCCAUGCAGGUAAUUAUCAUCUCGUUAUCCACAAGUAAACGACUCUUAAUUGGAGAAAAUUACAUGCAGUUUGUUGUACCUUCUCAGAAGCAUCAUUAUUAACAGCUAAAUAUAUAAGAUAUGCUAAUAGAGUGAAUAUCAGAAUAUUUCACCCCAAAGUAAAAGAAUAGGAAAUUAUAUUUUGCAUUGUGACAUUAUUAGUUUAUUUUUAUUU